GAUAUCCAAGGCACCGGCCUCUCUAGAACACACAUACCUCCAGUCUUUCCUCCCGCACCCGCACCCGCACCCGCACCCUUCAAGUCUACCUUCUCUCUCACUUGCUUCCUCCCCCCUCCGCGAAUUUCGAAAAUGUUCAGCAUCAUGGUCGGCAAGACCGUUUCCCUCGCGCCCACGAGCGACAGCGCGCCCUUUACGACAAAAUACAUCCCGCUCGGCGCGGCGGCAGUCGUCCUUGGUAGGACGCACGCGACUGACGGCGCGACGCACACGAAUGGAAUGUUCGCCCUCGGCGGGGCUCCGUCCAGCGAUCUCCCCGUGAGCGAGGCCCACGCGCAGCUCUACACGCACAACGGACAGGUGUACAUCGACGACCUCGGCUCGGCGCACGGUACCUGGGUCGACGGCCAGAAAAUCAAGAUCCCGACACCGCUUCGAACCGGGUCCAUAAUCGAACUAGGCGUGCAGCGCGAACGCACAGCUGGCACCCCGGCAUCCAUCACGGACGAGUACCUCAAACCGGUCGCGGCCAAAGUGACCGUUGCGUAGACGCGCGACGGGGUGUCCCGAUCCCCACUCUGCUGUCAUCCCUCCUCCUCGAGACCGAUUUUUUCUUUUUGUUCGAGACUUUUCGGCUAUUUAUUCUGGGUACGCGCUCCAGGCUGUGACUUGAGUACAUAGUACAUAGCACCCCAAAAUUGUUGUAUCCGUGUCCCUGUUGUGCAAUGCCGAUGUAUCGUGUUAGAC